UACCGAGUAUUCCUAUUUCAUACAAAGUUUAACAGAAAGAGGUAUUUACCUUUUUUUUUUUCCUUUUUAAAUAUGGAUGAAUAUGAAUAUGUAUAUGCAUAUGCAUAUUUAUAUAUUUACUUGUUUCUAUACAGGAACAAAAAUUUAUUUUAAAAUAUAUUAUAUCAUACAACUGUUGGAGGAAAAUAAUCAUGUUUCCAAUCGGCAAUUUGAACAAGAAAAAUAUUAUAUUUCAGGCAUGAUAAAAACACUUCAGGUAAAGAAGAAGAUGAUGAUGAUGAUAAAGGAAGAAAGAAUUGUGUUACUAUUGAUUCUCUUUUUCUUUCUUCCUCUAGGGACUUGUACAUUGGGGAAAGAUGAGUAAAAAAGGACAAGCGAAUUCCUACAUAGAACUUAAAAAAACCGUAACACAACUUCUUGAUGUACUUGAACCCAUUUGCUAUUACCCUCUUUUGGUAGAUGCGGAAAUGAAAUCGGAUCGAGCCCUAUCUAUCUUAACCUUAGUUCAUCUCAUCACCUUGAUGAAUAAGCUUGAACCCAUGUUAGCGGAUAUUGUCCGACGUUUAGUGAUGCAGGUGAUAGAGGGAUUGAUCGAUACUGAUUCGCGCCAGCAAUUUGAACGAAUGAUUCAACAGCAGCCUAAAUCACGUUAUAUUUCAUGGAAAAAGAGGGUUAAAUGUACGCCUCAUCUUUGUAGGGAAAUGAAGAAACGACCUGUUUUAAUGCAAGAAGAAAGAGAGUUAUUAAAAGCGAUUAUAACAGAAGAAGCUCUAGACCAAGUAUUAGAAUUAAAUCAAACGGAGAAUGAUGACAAGAGUUUAUAUUUUAUCUGUAAUAAAUGAAUACACAUGGAUCUUUUUCUUUAAAAAAAAAAAGAAAAGAAGAAAGAGGGUUUC